AUGGGGUCAACACUAUGGACCUCAAUAAGUUACAAGAGGAGCUCAAUCAGAGAAGGGAACAUGUCGAGGAUUUGUUCAAUUUCGAGGGAUCUAUUUGAGGUGGGUCGAGGUACCUAUGGACAUGUGUAUAAAGCAACACCCAAAUCCCCAGCUUCUAUGAAAAUGUACCCAAAUAAAGAAUAUGAUCUGAAGUUGAUCGAAGGGAAUCAACAAUUCACAAUGAGCGCUUGCAGAGAGAUCGCUUUGUUAAGAGAACUCAAACACCCAAAUCUCAUCCGAUUGCAACGGGUUUUUUUAACAAAAGAGCGCAAAGUUUGGCUUCUCUUGGACUAUGCCGAACACGAUUUAUGGCACAUUAUAAAACAUCAUAGAGGCUUGGGCCAGGGACGUGGCGAUGGAGUUGGGAGGAUGGAAUCGACCUGCAGG